AACAACCCAAAAGUACGGUGAAAAUUUUAUUGUUGUCGAAAGAUCUAUCCUAUUACGUAUCUAAAAUAAGUUAAAUUAAGUAUUAAGGUAACAAAAGGGACAUUCUAGAAUACAAGAAGAAAGCACAGUAAAAAUUUAACACGCCAGUAUAUGUAAUUUAAUCAGCACAGCGAAAACACGUGUUAGGGCGUUUAUCACGUUAGAUAAAUACUUUAAAAAGAUUACAGAAGGAAAGGUCAUAUAGUCUUAACACAGUAAGAUGCAGGACAACUUAAAGAAUUGAAUGCAAAUAUGGAAAUAGGAAGGUGACAUUAAUUUGGCUGAACGGUUAAGUGAUUAGAAAAUAUUAAGUGACAAAGGAACUUAGUAUUAAAAAUGAACAAAAUGUGGAAAAUAUUAAUCAUUUUGUCGUGUAUUUUAUUGUGUAGUGUGACAAACGCUAGUCGAGUGCAUGCUGUUAGUUUCCUCACCAAUGCUUCCUAUCAAGAAAUGGAGGUGAAGUCUGAGACCAGCUUGUCUCUACGUGAUAUACUUCCAGUUAAAGCUAAGUACUACGAUAAGAAUAGGGCUCCAAAACUUUUGGGACAGCCUACUAUAGUAUACUUUCACGUGACUGUACUAUCCUUGGACUCCAUCAAUGAAGAAAGUAUGACGUACGUAGCAGAUAUUUUUCUUGCUCAAUCCUGGCGAGAUCCUCGCCUUCGUCUUCCUGAGAACAUGCACGAGGAAUACCGCAUCCUCGACGUUGAUUGGUUGAAUAAGAUCUGGAGACCGGACUGCUUCUUUAAGAAUGCCAAGAAAGUGACCUUCCACGAAAUGAGCAUACCAAACCAUUAUCUCUGGCUGUAUCACGAUAAGACCUUAUUAUAUAUGUCCAAGUUGACCUUAGUGUUAUCCUGUGCUAUGAAGUUUGAGUCAUAUCCUCACGAUACUCAAAGUUGUUCAAUGAUGAUAGAGAGUUUAUCACAUACGGUGCACGACUUAGUAUUCAUCUGGAACCUAACAGAUCCUUUGGUUGUAAAUCCAGACAUCGAACUCCCUCAACUAGACAUAGCUAACAACUUUACCUCCGACUGCACUAUCGAGUACUCCACAGGUAACUUCACAUGCCUAGCCGUAGUUUUCAACUUACGCCGACGUCUUGGCUACCACCUGUUCCACACAUACAUACCAUCCGCGCUCAUUGUAGUGAUGUCCUGGAUAUCUUUCUGGAUUAAGCCGGAAGCUAUCCCUGCGAGGGUUACCCUCGGAGUAACCUCUCUUUUGACCUUGGCAACCCAAAAUACUCAGUCCCAACAAAGUUUACCACCAGUCUCCUAUGUCAAAGCUAUAGAUGUCUGGAUGUCUUCCUGUUCUGUCUUCGUUUUCCUGUCCCUAUUCGAGUUCGCUGUAGUCAAUAACUACAUGGGCCCUGUAGCUACAAAGGCCAUGAAGGGAUACUCUGAUGAAGAUUUGAGUAGAGAUUUAGAUGCUUACAAGCACAUAUUUCCAAACUCGGUGGACCCUCGAGCGAGUACGUCUGCCUCGCUUCCACAAUACGAAACCUUCUGUAACGGGAGAGAGACAGCAUUAUACAUAGACCGUUUCUCCCGUUUCUUCUUCCCAUUCUCAUUCUUCAUACUAAACGUCGUAUAUUGGUCCACGUUUCUAUAAUAAAUCUACUUUAUAUCUUUUAAGAUCUUCUCCUUUAUAUUAUAGUAUUUUAAUUGUAAUUGUAAAAAGUAUUUUUAUGUAUGUCUGUGUCAAACUUUUAUUUACACAAGUUAGCAACAAACGAUUUGACAAUGGCUUUCUUUAGCGAAAAAUUUAAAUGUAGAUGCAGUUUAGUCACGAGCCAUUCUUAUUUUAGAAGAAAACAGACAAAAAUAAAACUAGUUUAAACGAAACAUGUUAUCAUAAUUCAGAGCGUUAUUAUUGAUUAUUUACAUAUAUAGGUUGUAAAAAUUUUAUACAUAGCUUGUUUUUCUAAAUUUACCAUAAAUUUAGAAGUGAAACAUCUAUUCUUUGAUACCAUAUUGAGCAAAUUUAUUUAUAGUAAAACUGUG